GUUUGCGCUACACUGGUCCUUAACAAACUGUCAGCAUUGAAGCGAAACUUUCAUCAUCUUUCAUCAGGAAAGCUAAUUUGCCACUAACGGGGGGACUCUUUGCGGGAUCCCUAAUUUCAUAUUUUCGAUUAAUCUUUGCCUUCUUUACUGGACAUGACCCCGUCACAAACUUGUGUUCUUGCUAUUUAUGUGUCCACUAUUUUGGGUACACUUCACUGCCAGCCUCUACUGGGUAAGAUCCCUGAAGUAGACCCAGUGGUGGUGCGUUCUGGGGAUGAUGCCACCCUGUCAGUGCCAGGGAUGAUGGGCAUCCUCUCCGCGACAUGGCAUGCCCCCGGUGGGGUGAUACUGGGCCUAUGGGCACAAGGUCCAGAUGGCGGCCCAUCAGGGGUGGCCUACAGUCAUGUCCCUCAGUACAGCGGUCGGGUGAAAAUCACAAAUUCACAACUCCGGAUCUCAACAGUUCAGAUUGAUGAUGCUGGAAACUACACUGUCACUGUAGUCACCAAUAGUACCAGUGGUAUAACCGUCAGUUCUGUGUGGGUGCAAGUGUAUGAAGACACGUUGAUGAAACACACAGUAUCAGAGAUACUGGAGGCAGCUAAUGCUGGCUUAGACGACAUUUCUGUGGCCCCAGUGGAUCAGAGAAACGCUGAUCCUUGCACAGCACGCGGCUGUACAUGGGAGAAAUCUACAGAUGGAAGCGUCUACGUACCGUACGUCCUUGGCAAUGAAUACUCACCAAUUGAUAGGAAUCUCAUUCAGAGGGCCAUGGCUUCGAUCCAGUCUUCCAGUUGCAUCCGCUUCAGACCUCGUCAAACUGAACGAGACUACCUGCAGAUAUAUUCUGGGAGAGGCUGUAGCUCGUUCGUUGGACGGCGAGGCAGCGUGCAGCAGGUCUCUCUGCAGCGUCCAGGGUGUAUGUUCCUGGGUACCAUCCAGCAUGAGUUCCUACACGCCCUGGGCUUCAAUCACGAACAUCAAAGGAGUGAUCGAGACAAGUAUGUUCGCAUCCAUCUGGAGAAUGUACAGUCAGGCAAAGAAAGAAACUUUGACCAAGUGGACACUCUGAACCAGAACACUCCAUAUGACUACAGCUCAGUUAUGCAUUACCACAGAGCAGCUUUUUCCAAGAAUGGCCAGGCCACCCUGGUGCCCAUCCCUAAUUCCAAUGUUCCUAUUGGGAUAGCUUUCAGCAUGAGCCACAAUGACUUCAUCCGACUCAACAGGCUAUACGAGUGCAAUGCGCUCUCUGUGAGGCUGACCAUCCAGUCCACAGCCAUUGAGGGGGAGAGCGUGAUCCUGCAGUGCACUUGGGCAGGAAACCAGACGAGUGUCACCUGGAGGAGGAACGGCGUGACACUCACGCCAGACUCCCGCAUCGCCAUGUCCGAGGGGAUUCUGGGAAUUAGCACACUGGAGAGAGAAGACGCAGGGGAGUACAGCUGCACUGUGUCCACCGCCGAGACUACCGAGACCACCAGAGCCACACUCACUGUCCACUAUAAAUGUCUCACCCUGGGAGGUUUGAUAGGGAUUGUGAUAGCCUGUUUCAUCGUCCUUUCUGCUCUCUGUAUUGCCAUUGUGCUGCUCGUUAAACAGAGGAAAGCACAACAAAAGGUACAUACGGCAUAUGGUGUCAACAUCAGAAACCCAAACUUCAUGCCCUAUGGGAAUACAUAGGUCCAGGAUUCGGCCAUCUGAUGAAGGAUAAACAACUAAGUGACCCAGACUUAGUUGUCACCUCACGACUCGACUACUGCAACACCCUCCUGACAGGUCUCCCAGCCUGCGCAGUGAAACCACUUCAGAUGAUCCAGAACGCGGCGGCGCGCCUGGUCUA